GCCUAAUCCACCUUGUGUGUAGGAGACCAUUGGAUUGCACAAGCCAAAAAGGGUCUCCCCCUCUAAUUUCUCUUAUGGGAUUCUCACUUUGAAACUCAUUUUCCCUUCCUUUCCUCUUCUCAAAAGGAAGCUGGUGAAAUUUCCGGCAAAAAUUAUUUUCACCUUAAAUCUUGGCCGGAAUUUCACUGCUUUGGUAAGAGAGAGAUGGAUUCAAACUAUGAUGAGAGUGCUCCGGGGCCGGACUCUCCAUCUCUGCCCGCCGAUCCACCGUUAGAUUCGUCGUCUUCCUCGUCACCCGAUCCACCGUCGUCAUCACCACCAUCACCACCGUCUCCCGAUCCCGAUUCCAAUUUCUCUCCUCCACCACCACCGGAAAACGAUGGCUCCUCCAAUGAUUCCUCACCACCCCCAAAAGAUUCUCCUUCUCCAAAGUCGUCGAAGGAUAAAUUGGAUAAACCAUCGGACAGUAAAAAAUCCCCUUCAGCUCCAAAAGAGGGUAGCCCGCGAUCGGCACCGCUGAAUUCUCAUUCUCCUCCAUCCCGAUCUUCGUCAUCCGCAGAUGCAUUGCCAGCACCAGGUCAGACGGAAGGAAAGGCAUCACCGAAAUCAUCAGCAAGACAGCAAUCGUCCGAGGCCGAUUCCUCGCCAUCGGAGAUCAACCCAGGGGUUAUAAUUGGGGUGGCGGUGGGGGUGGGCGUUCUCAUAAUUGUUCUCAUAUCAGUAGUUGCAUUGUGUACAAAGAAGAAGAAGAGAAAGGGAGAUCCUGUGCAAUAUUAUGGAGAUCAUGGUCGUGGACCUAGAGGUGGUGACUAUUACAACAGUUCACAGCAACAAAACUGGCACAAUAACGGCAUGCAGGGUCCCGGGACGGAUCAAUUUGGAAGGCAACCCCCAUCGGCGUCUCUGGCCGGGAGCGGGUGGCCAAUGAGUGGUGGCGACAACAUGACGACGGGCAGCUCCUACACGGGGCCUCCUCUUCCUCCACCAUCACCAUCGAUCGCCUUUGGGUUCAACAAGAGCACGUUCACAUACGACGAGCUCGCAGCAGCGACAGGUGGGUUCGCUCACGCAAACCUGCUUGGGCAGGGCGGGUUCGGGUACGUGCACAAGGGAGUGCUGCCCAAUGGAAAGGAGGUGGCCGUGAAGAGCCUGAAAGUGGGCAGCGGGCAGGGUGAGAGGGAGUUCAUGGCUGAAGUUGAGAUUAUUAGCAGAGUCCAUCAUCGGCAUUUAGUGUCUCUGGUUGGUUACUGCAUUGCCAGUGGACAAAGAAUGUUGGUCUAUGAGUUUGUUCCCAACAACACUUUGGAGCAUCACCUUCAUGGCAAAGGUCUUCCAGUAAUGGAUUGGCCAACAAGACUUCGUAUUGCCAUAGGUUCUGCCAAGGGUCUUGCUUACCUUCAUGAAGAUUGUCAUCCAAAGAUUAUUCAUCGAGAUAUCAAGUCAGCCAAUAUUCUGAUCGAUGCCAAUUUUGAAGCAAUGGUGGCUGAUUUUGGAUUGGCUAAGCUAUCAACAGAUAAUCACACACAUGUCUCCACUAGAGUCAUGGGUACAUUCGGGUAUUUGGCACCAGAAUAUGCAUCAAGCGGAAAGUUGACAGAGAAGUCUGACGUGUUCUCAUUUGGUGUAAUGUUGUUGGAGCUCAUCGCAGGCAAAAGACCUGUAGAUCCUACUCAAGCCAUGGAGGAUAGCUUAGUUGAUUGGGCUCGACCAUUAAUGAGUCGGGCAUUGAUGGAAGGGAUCUACGAGGAGCUGGUAGAUAUCCGCUUAGAGAAUGAGUUCAAUACACAAGAAAUGGCUCGAAUGGUGGCUUGUGCUGCAGCUUCCAUCCGCCACUCGGCUAGAAAACGCCCUAAAAUGAGCCAGGUGGUUCGAGCCUUAGAAGGAGAUGUUUCCUUGGACGACUUAAACGAAGGGAUAAGACCAGGCCAAAGCUCCAUUUACAGCGCCACCAGCUCUGACUAUGAUUCCAACGCCUAUCAUGCCGACAUGUCGAAAUUCAGGAAGAUCGCUUUGUCAGACGACAGCAGUGAACUCGCAGCUUCCAGCAAUGACUCUAGAGAGAUGAACCAUCCCAGCCCCGGGACUCAAAGGCCGCUCUUUUGAUCCCUAUCUUUCCCCUUUAAUAAUUUUAUCAAUUCACGUUAUAUCUUAUUUAUUUUCAUUUCAUAGAAAAAGGGGGAGAAAAGGAUUGUUUCAGUGUCUUUGGUUGAUUAAAUUGUGAUGCGGUCGUGGCCAUAACCAAGAAAGAUAUCAACUGUGGUUUUAUUAAAGUUUAUUUUCAUUUUAUUUUGUUUAGGUUUUGCUCAUUAUAUUUGUAGAUUUCGUUGUUCUUAAUUUUUGGAGGAUUGAUUGUUUCUUCUA